CCCCAGCAGCUGAGGCUGCUCAGGGCCCCAUCCAACCCGGCCUUGGUCAUCUUCAGGGAUGGGGCGUGCACAGAAUCUAUUUAUGUUCUACUCAUUUUCAGAACUUUUGUCUUAUUUGGUUGCUUCCAUGCAAGUCUAGAGCUUCUCUGUUCUUUUUAUAAUUGCACUCAUAAUGAUCAGCUGCUAAUCAGUUCCUCAGCUGGGCUCCUGAACAGGGAGGAUGUGUGAUGGGUCACAUCAGUGAAUGCUGUCCUCACACAUAUGGGAGAUGUGAGGUCAGGAUGUAUCCCUCCUGCUGCUGCUUGUUCUUCAGUAAGAUUAUUGGAUUGCUGAAAUUAGAAGUUCUGCUUUUCUUCUUUCAGAAAAGUGCAGCCUGUGACUAUGUUAUCAGAAGAUAAUGAAGAAAGUGAAAAUGAGAGUAGGAGAGAUGCCAGACUGACUUCAGGGAAAAAAAAAAAAUCGUAACUGUUUGAAUUUUCUCUGAACACAACUGCUAACUUAGUAAAUGCUCAUAUGGAGAUGCACUUGUCCUGGUAUACAGGUGCUUUCUCUUAUAGGCCCGUUUCCAUUUAGAUGGAGCAUAUGACACUGGUGCAAUUGUGCAUAUACAGAAGUGGGUUUGUGUAACUGUGCCCAAGCCCGAGAAAGAAUGCAGAAGUAGGAGAGGAAAAGGGAGAGGGAAAUCAAAGAAUCAUGGAAUCAUUAAUGUUGAAAAAGAUCACUAAGAUUUUCCUGUCCAACCAUCAGCCCAUCCCCACCUGCCCACUAAUGGAGAGCAAGAAGUGUAAUUGGGCUGCAAGUGCAGAAAGGAAGAAAAUAAAAAAAUAAUAGUCAGGAAAAGGACAUGAAAAGGAUGAUUGGACACGCCGGGGCUGUGCCAGUAUUGUGAGCACUGCUGGGUGUUUGCUGCACGCCCUGUGAGCCCCCAGUGUAGUGCAGGGGGUGCCAGGUGGGAGGGGGUACCAGAUGGCUGCUGGAGCUCUUGUCUUCUGCAUGCAGGGGAAGUGGGACGUGGUUGGAACCCAGGCAGAGCUCCCAGCACCCUGAUGUGCAGAGUCUCACGUGGAUUAUUCUGAAAACAGAAGAAAAGUUACUUGCAGUCACCCGGAAGGAAGUAGCGAAAGUCCUGAAUGAAGCCUUUAAUAUUCGGGAAACCCCUUGCACAGAUGCUGCAAUCAUUCAGAUGUUAACAGAGAAGACAAAAGCAGCCCAGCACAUCAGUGAGAACCUAAGGGAGAAGGUGGAAGCUGUAUGCCUGGAGGAGUACCUGAGCUUCCUGGGCAGCUAUGAAAACAAAGUAAGAAGUGUUCUCCAGAAUGAUGGCUUCCACGGGAUCUCCAGCAGCUUGCAAAUCAUUGAGAACUUCAGCAUUCUCAGAACUAUUUGGUAUAAGUUAACGUACCUUUGUAGUGCCAGCACUGAUCAGAAUGCUAAGAUGAAAAGAUUUAUAGACAGGAUGGAAGAUGAGAUUACGGAGCAUUUUCUGAAGACAGUCACUUCUGAAGUCAAGGGAGUACUGAAGAAUCAUUUCCAAAAGAGUGACAGGGGUUUUGGACACAUCCUUGGAUUCUUAAAGCAAAGCUUUUUGAUGUUUAAGAAGGAAAAAACAGACAAAUAUCAGGCCCUUGUCAAGUCUGUGAACAACAUAAUUACUAACGAAUACAUGCAAGCCCUCCUGACCGCUUCCAGGAAAUUGUCUGUGCAGAGGAGGCAGAUUGUCAGCAAGAUGGAAGAAGAUCACAGGAUGCUGCAUACCAUCUUUAAAGAGUGCUUAAGUCCCACAGCUGGUGCUCUCAAGGAUCACAUCAAAGCUGUUUUAGAACUUAUUCAAGCUCCUGAUGCUGAGGGGAUGAAAAUAGCCCUGAUAUCUGUGCUCAGACAAUUUCCUGGUCUAAGGGAAGAACAUCUGAACACAGUGUUGGACAUCAAAGGGUCGCUCCAUCAAGAAGAUAGAGUUGCUUUAUUGAAGAUAUUUCAUGAUAAUUGUAGGAAAAUUGAAACAGAAAGCAACUUGCUUUUUGAAGAUAUAGAAGUAAAACCUGGAAUGUGUAAACGCUGUUGCUGCUUUUGUUGUUAGGAAAGCUUUCUUCUUGCUUUCACUGAGACCUACUGUGAGGAACAUGAAGUUCUCUCUCCCACAUGGCAAUAUCUGCAGUCACAGCUCCUGGAAAGCUUCAUGGACUCGUGCAGCUGGAUGCAUGAAGAAGUGUGGCAGCUGUGGAAGCCAGAAUUCCUGCACUUCUGCAGGAAAACCACAUGGCCCAGAUCCUAAUGUUCUAUGCAGAGACCAGGCAGAAGUUGACUGGAGUAUGGCUGAAAGACAUUCCUUUAAAAUUGCUUAGAGAAUGGUGCUUAGCUGAGUGCUGGUGGUUAUUCCCAAGAUGCGCUAUCAUGGUGUGGAGGAGGGGGAGGUUCCUCUCUGCCGAAUUUCUGUUAUACAGAGUCUCAUGCUUAACAAGGGACUGCUGCUCCAGAGUGCCCUAGCAGAUGAUACAGCAUGAUAACCUGCCUCAGGGCUCCCUGUAGAGCCUAGCCUGUGGGAGCAUGGGGCAGCCAUGGGCAUGGUGCAGGAUCCAGCCCCUAUAAGCCUGACCUGGUAGAAAUGUGAAAUGCGUCACACCAAGGUCACAAGCCCCAAGAGUGGGAGCAGAAGGUGGCAUUUGUCCUCGUGUCCCUUGCUGGGAUGGCUUAUGGCAGUUUCCUUGUGGGAUGGAGAGCUUUUCAUGUACAAGUUUCUCAGCUGAUGCUGGAGCACUUUUGCAUUCAUUUUUGUAUCUCAGUUACUGGAAAUUUCUUCUUGCUGUGUGAAGUAGCUCCUUUGGAGAGGGAGUGGAAGGCCUUGAGGGAAGUAGGCAGUGAAAGGAGCUGUUUGUCCCAGCUGCUGGGCAAGGUCUGUGCUGUUUUCAGAUGUGGAUAGGCAGUUCUGCUAAGGAAAGCACUAACUUUCAAGUUAUCUAUGGACUGUUCACACCCUCAAGCUGAAUUUGAUUCAAGGCCUUCCUUUAAUUUAGGUCAUUACAGACUUGUUCCUCUCUGGUAUAACCUGCAAGUUUGCAAGGCUGGGGCCACGUCCAGCUCCUGGGCUGUGGGAUGUUGUGCAGGUCUGAAUGAGAGCCACCACCGUGCCAUGCGAACAGCCCCUUUGGAUGUGCCAGCAAUGAAGCCAUAUCUUGGGCUGGCUCUGCAGGGUGGUGGACUCCUGUCACAGUGUGCAUUGCUGUGCUGGGAGUGCUGACAGCCUUGUCAAGCACGCCGGGUCAUCUGUCCUCCCGUGCUGCCUAAUUGCACAUUUUUUCAAGGGCAGGAAGUGAUUACAGCCCCAACUUUGUGAUGACGGGAUUAGAGGCAGCCUCUGUUUAUUGGAAUUUCAAUCAACGAACCUUCCAGAGAAAAUAAAUAAAAACCCCUUUGACAUUUUGAUCGC